AUGAUGGACACAAUGGAUGCGAAGCCUCCGCUGAUCGAUUUGGAUUUGAAUGGAUUGGCCUCCGUUCUCUCAAUACCCGCCUCUGGCAGUAAUCACGAUUGUUCACUUUGCUCGAAAACUUUCCCCAGCUCGAAACUCCUUCAACAACACCAGCAAACGUUUCACACGGAUAAGGCCUUCGUCUGCGAGAUUUGCGGGAAAGCUUUCCGUUUCCGCUCAAAUCUUGCCGAGCAUCGAUCCGUUCACACAGCUCUCAAGCCAUUUGUAUGCAAAUUUUGCGGGAAAUCCUCUCGACUAAAAGGCAAUCUAACAAAACAUAUCUUGAAACAUCAUAAAAAGGAGCAAAAUGAGCAAAUAGGCAUCGAUGAUAUCAUCAUUAAAAAGGGCAAAAAAUCGGUGAAAGACCCGGCCGCGGUCGAUUUUCUGGAAAAAUCGAUGUUUGUCAUCGGCCCAACCAAGGGAGCUCCACCCCAAGAAGUCCCUGUCUCACUCUUACCGAAAGCCGAAAAUGAAUCACCGGAAAACUAUGAAAAAGCCAUCCUUCUCUCAUUCGGCUUCGAUCAAGGCACAAUGGAUUUAACAGAAAAUGGAGAGGAAAACGGAGUCGACAGUCCAGAAGACACAGCAUCAAUGACCGACUCAGCAAUGAAGCAAGAUUUAGACAGCGACAUGUCCGCUGCAAGUCCACUACCACACAACUCAACGAUCGGCGGCGCGGCUUCUCUGCAUGCCCUUCUCGCUUCCGUUUGCACUUCACCACCACAACAACAACGCGACAAAACCCAAUCACCCCCGAUUCUCGCAAAUUUGAUUCACAGUUUUGCCAUCUCUUCACCAUCAAACAGUACAAAAACUGAGCCAAACGCGAAAACGCAAUGCAACGAGUGCGGGAAACAUUUCCGGAAAGGCUCACAACUGCAAAUCCAUUUGGUGUUGAAUCAUGGCUAUCCACCAUUGGGGAACACAAAUAAUGGAGAGGAGAAGACACCCGAACCGGAGAGAUCCAGUGAAUGCGAGGCUCCUCCAAUUGCUCACGUCCUUCCCAUUCACCAGCCAACUGUCGGUGAGGUUGCCACUCUGCAAAAUGAUGUUCGAACGAUCAAAAAUGCUCUCUCUGAAAUAAAAACCCAACAAGCCACUCCAAAACAGGAUCAAUUAUUAUCCGGUUUGGACACUAGAGUGAGUCGAUUGGAGAAACAAGUCGAAAUGGCGCUCAACAGCAUCUAUACACUGGUUCAAUUGCAAACAGGAAUCUCUUCUUCAUUAACAAAAUUUCGCGACGAAACCGGCGACCAACUGCGCGCCAUUCGAGCGCUUCUCUCUGAGGGCACACCCACAAAU